AAAAGGAGCAGAUUGAUAGGGUGUGGGAUCAGGUCACGGGACAUAUGGAACUGGAGGAGGAGAAAGUUAAAGAUCUGACGAGGGAACACUUCGACCAGCAAAAUAGGAUCAGAAAAGACAAGUAUAAACUGAUAGAAUCAAUAUCGAAAGAAGAGCUUAAAGAGGUGAUAAAGGGAAUAGCAAAUGGCAAGACAGCUGGAGCAUCAGCAAUAUCAUACGAAAUGUUAAAAAAUUGUGGAGAAAAAGAGCAAGACA